UUGGCACAAACCGGAAGUUUCGUCUGCGUGACAUAACAACAUUGCUUCAAAGGAAACACGUGGUUUUCUCACCUGAGUUUUGGAUUUCCUCUAGGAUGUGAGGGGUCAAGUUUGAUUGCGUGCAAACUUUCUCUCAGUAGAGUUGAGGUCUCAAGGCCGAACAACAUGGAUUACGAAAACGAAGGCUGUCUUCAUGAAAUCUUUGAGCGGCAGAUGAAGAAUACUCCACCGACUGCAACAGCUGUUGUGUCCGGCGAUGGCCGAUCUGUUUCCUUCUCCGAGCUUGACGAUCUCACCAACGUUUUGGCUACGAACCUCAGGCAUAGAGGCGUCAAGAGGGACAGCGCUGUUGGAAUAUACCUCGAGCGAUCGCUGGAAUACCCUUUAGCUUACAUAUCGAUUUUGAAAGCUGGUGGGGCCUACAUGCCUUUAGAACUCUCCUAUCCCGAAACUCUGCUUUAUUCGAUUCUUGAGGACGCAAAACCUGCGGCGAUCAUAACGAGUGAACAUUUGAAAGAGAAACUUCCUAAUUCGGUGGAUUUGAUUUUACUGAACGAGGGCUGGGACGAAAGACUUGAAAUGGAGAACGCUUCGAAACCCGCUUUGGAAAAAUUGAAGACAAAGCUCGAUGACUUGGCAUACAUUGUUUAUUCUUCAGGGACCACAGGAAAGCCAAAAGGGAUUUGUUGUCCUCAACGGGGUGCUGUCUUCUCAUACACCUGGAGAUUCCAUAAUUUUCCAUUUCAACCUGAUGACAGAGUGGCCUGUAAUGUCUUCUUUGUAUGGGAGCUGUUGCGACCUCUUCUGAAGGGAAUCCCUCUAUAUGUCAUUCCAGACACUGUUAUUUAUGACCCUUUGCUACUGCUGAAGUUCUUGAAGAAGCACGGAAUAACACGAGUCCUUUUUACUCCAUCUCUUUUAGAGACACUUUUAACCUGUGAAGACAGUGACCUUGCUGGAUACUUAUCCUGCCUGAGAAUCAUCUGGCUGUGUGGGGAGGUGGUGACUACUGCCCUCAGAGACAGAUGCAUGAGAACAUUGCCAUGGAUCAAGCUGCUGAAUCUUUACAGUGUCUCGGAGUGCCAUGAUGUAGCCACAGCAGACCUCACCAACAUGCCUUUUCAAAGUGAACUCUCAGAUACAGACGAUAACAAACGGAAAUUCUGCCCAGUUGGAAAGCUUUUGCCAGGGGUCUAUGUUGCCAUCAUGGAUGAGAACAUGAAACCACUACCAGUGGGUCUUCCUGGAGAGAUUUUUGUUGGAGGCCCCGCAUUGGCUCAAGGCUACUUGAACAGACCAGAACUAAAUGCUUACAGAUUUAUAGAAUGCCCGCAUGAAGUACCAGAGUCUGCUGGACCCAGGCUCUAUCGUACAGGUGACUGGGGAUACUUACUGUCAUCUGGCAUGUUAGAGAUUUGUGGUAGAUGUGACUCAAUGGUGAAAAUCAGAGGAUACAGUAUUGAAACACAGGCUGUGGAAGCUGCGUUGUUACAGCUUCCUAUGGUGAAUGCCUGUUGUGUGGUAGCUCAUGGUGAAGAAGGGGAGGACAAGUAUUUGGCAGCUUAUGUUGUUCCUGAAGGAAAGGCCACCAAGAAAAAUGUCCGAGCAGCUUUAAAGACAAGACUUCCAUUUUACAUGAUACCAUCCCAUUUUGUUCUCCUGGCAAGUUCCUCCUACAAAGAACAAUCAUCCGCUUCUACUGGUUCAGUGUCCAGACUAAGCACGUGGGUGUUGUUCAAGGACACGGAAGAACCAGCCGGUGUCUCCUUUGCUUCUUUCUGCAUUUUUUCUUUCAGAGACUUGAAAGAAGGCAAGGUGGAUCUUCUAGAUGAAGUCAACUACCAUUCAGAGGGAUUUGUAAAUAUGGAUAUCAUGUUAAGAGCCUUUUGGCGCUCUGGAAACUUUAAGAACACUCGUCGCUGGAUUAGAGGGCGUGUCCUGUUGACGGGUUCAACUGGAUUUCUUGGCGGUUUCCUACUAAGAGAUCUUAUAAGACUCACCAAGGUCCAUGUUUUUUGUAUUGUGCGUGAACAACCCGGCGAAGACACCAAAGAGAGAUUAAGGAGAGCGCUACAGCAUUUUAAGAUUAUGCCACAGACUACAGACCGUCAGCAAAUGACUGAAGAAGAACGAUACAUAGAUUACGGCUUUGAGCAUAGAGUUACUGCUGUCAAAGGUGAUGUUUCGUUAAUAAAACUUGGAGUGAGUGAAGAGGAAUAUGUGCACUUGUCAUCGGAGGUCGACCUUAUUAUUCACGCGGCAGCAGCUGUGAACAUGGUUUAUCCAUACCAGGCUUUGCGAGGAGCAAAUGUUCAAGGAACCCAAAACGUUCUGCUGUUUGCGUGUACUAGUAAAAUCAAACCACUACACUACAUCAGCACGGAUGCUGUGUUCCCUCAUGGAUUGUCAAAUUGUUCAGAAGAUGCAGACAUGAAUCAAUAUGCAACGCAACUUGAUGAUGGGUAUUCUCAGUCCAAGUGGGUUGCAGAGCAGCUGGUGUUGAGAGCGAGGACUCAAGGAUUACCUGUUGUCAUUUACAGAUUAGGGAAUCUGUCUGGUGACCGAGAGCAUGUUCAGUGGAACCCCUUAGAUUUUAUUCUGUUGAUGAUCAAAGGCAUCACUACAACACUGUCUGCUCCAAAUAUCGACUGGCAAGUGGAGAUGACUCCAGUGGAUUUUGUCAGUGAAAUGAUUGUUAAAAUGUCACAGGAUAUGUCGGUGGCACUAGGAAAAGUUUUCCACCUCGUCAAUCCACAGCCGUUAAAUGCAAAGUGGCUGUUUGAAUGGAUGAGUGUUCAUGGCUAUCCGCUGGACGUUAUUCCUUUUGAAGACUGGUAUAAGAGAAUUGACGUUUUCUGCAAGAAUGAUCCGAAUGGUGGACUCGAUUCACUGCUUCGCCUGCUUGAGAUCUGGAUGGCAGACUCGUCUUUCUUCUCAAAGCUGAGCACUUACACAAUGACCAAUUUUGAAGGAGUCAUGGAGUACUUCAAAGUCAGUUAUCCUCUCAUAAGUGCUGAACUUCUCUCAAGUUAUUUUUCUGCUCUCGUUGCUCAGGGUGCUCUGCCAACUCCUAAGAAGAAGAUGAAAGGUCCCAGAUCCCUUGGAGGUAAGGUUGCCAUAGUUACAGGAGCUUCUAGUGGAAUUGGUGAAGCUGUGGCCAGAGCCCUGGCGGAAAAUGGUGCAAAGGUUGUUUUAGCUGCCAGACGGAAAGAAAGGUUGGAUAGAAUUCGAGAUGAGAUUGCAGAGUUGGGAGAUGUAGCAGUUUCUAUGGAAACAGAUGUUGUCAACAGGCAGCAGGUCCUUGAACUGGUGUCAUUCACAGAUGACACCCUAGGUCCUGUGGAUAUCAUAGUUAACUGUGCUGGACUAGGAAUCUACACCACAAUGAAGAACUGCCAUUUUGAUGAAUGGGAAAAGAUGGUUGAUGUCAACUGCAAGGGUGUGAUGAAUUGCAUUGGUGCAGUGCUGCCAGGAAUGCUGGAGAGAAAGAAGGGACACAUCAUCAACAUCUCUUCAAAUGCUGGUAGAAAGGCAUUUGCUGGAUUAGCUGUAUACACUGCCACCAAGUUCUUUGUGGAGGCGUUAACACAGAGCUUGAGACUAGAGACUGUGGGCAGUGGAGUGAAGGUUACCUCCAUUCAACCAGGUGAUGUUUCUACAGACUUUGGGACAGGGAGUACAGAUACCGAGGCUCGAGAAAAAUUUGAAGUUAGUGACGACAUCAAAAGACUUAAUCCGAGUGACGUUGCAAAUGCUGUUGUUUACGCUGUGACGCAACCAGCCCACUGUGCCGUGAAUGAAAUAUUGGUAGAACCUACAGAUGCACCUUGCUAGGGGAGGUCCUCACAAUUCAGAUACCUCAGGACUGGAAUGUAUUCCAAACUUGUGUUACCUAAAAAAAUUAUUGCGUUUUCCCUUUUUGGCGAUUUGAACCUAGCAUUAUAUUAGGAGAUUUGUUUCAUUGUCGUUAGGAUCCAUUUCUAAGUGCAGUUUGGAGGGCAGUCUUGUAGUUUUAUCAAGUCACGUUAACUGUCCCCUAGUCCCACCGGUUUUGUCUUUUCGACUGAAGCAAACUUGAGCCAUGAACCCGCAGAGUCGA